CUUGCUGUGUUGUAUAAUGUUUAUGUAUAAUGACAUGAAACCUAUGUGUUCAUUAUAUAUUUUAUAAUAGCAUCAAGUUAUACUUGGAUGUUUUAGUACACAGUGUAAACAUAUAUUGGUUUACCAAAACAAGUUUUAGCUGUCAUUCAUGCUCUCUGCUAGAGCCUAUUAAUUGUAGUGAAGGUGCCAUGAAGUAAAAUCAAAGGAUGAUGAUGGGCGAUCAGUUUCGUAGCAAAGUGGAGCAAUACUCACCAAAGUCAUCACCCAGGGGUGCACGUUCCCCUGUUGUUUCACGCCAAGAUUCAACAGGGACUCUUAAAACAACCAUUUCCCUGGGUAAAAAUCCUUCCAUUGUUCACAGUGGACCAUUUUACUUGAUGAAGGAACCCCCUGGAGAAAGUGAACUUACAGGGGCAACGAACUUGAUGGCCUAUUAUGGGCUGGAACAUUCUUAUAGCAAAUUUAGUGGAAAAAAACUUAAAGAACAACUUUCAUCAUUUUUACCGAAUUUGCCUGGAAUUAUAGAUAGACCUGGUCACUUGGAUAAUAGUUCAUUAAGAUCUGUAAUUGAAAAACCUCCAAUAGGAGGAAAAGAUUUAAUACCAUUGACCAGUGUCCAAUUAGCUGGUUUUCGUCUACAUCCUGGCCCUCUACCAGAGCAAUAUCGUUACGUUAAUCAAGCUCCACAGAGGAAACAUAAAAAUAAACAUAAAAAACAUAAACACAAACCAGGAGAAGUACCUAGUGGUCAAGAGGCAACAACUACAGAUAUUGGUGGUUCAGAUACCCAUGAGAAAAAGCAUAAAAAACAAAAAAGACAUGAUGAAGAAAAAGAAGCUAGGAAAAAACGUAAAAAAGAGAAAAAAAGAAAAAAACAAAAACACAGUCCUGAACAUAGUGGUGGUUUAACACCAUCUCAGCAUUCCAAUUCGUGAUCUUCAAUCUCACCUUUUCUUUUUGUAUGCAACUUUUGACUUAACAUCACAAUUUUAAUAGGAGCAAUUAAAUUUCUUUGUUAA